AUGGCGGCCGGACGGGACGAGCUGAGCGAAGAGAAGCCCAGAGUCAAGCUGCUGUCGCCGGGUUUCGGCAUAGAUAAAUCCCGGCUGCACGGCUCCGGGUUCCGGUCCAAAGGCUUCGCCAUCACUGACCUGUUGGGCCUGGAGUCGGACCUGCAGGCGCGGCAGCAGCCCGGCGGAGCUCCGGGUUCGGGUCUGUCUGCGGGUUCGGGACCCGGGGUGGAGCCUCACGGAGUCGGUGGCGGCCUCGGCGGCUUCUCCUUCCCCGGAGGGUCGCUGCCGCUCGGCCUCGGCUUCCUGUGCAGCCUGGCGGCGGGCCAGCCCUCCGGAGCGCCCUGCUUCCUGCCGGGACACCUGCCGCUGCUGCAGGCCCGGGACAGCCACUACCUGCCGGGCGUGGAGGCCCAGAGGGACGCCUACUCCGAUGAAGAAUGUCUCUCUGACCGCAACGACUCCAAAAGUUCCGCAAACUCGCAGAAGAGGAAGAAGAGGAGACACAGGACGGUGUUCACGUCUCACCAGCUGGAGGAGCUGGAGAAAGCGUUCCACGAGGCGCAUUACCCCGACGUCUACGCCAGAGAGAUGCUCGCCAUGAAGACAGAGCUGCCAGAGGACAGGAUCCAGGUGUGGUUCCAGAACCGCCGCGCCAAGUGGCGAAAGCGUGAGAAGUGCUGGGGCCGCAGCAGCGUCAUGGCGGAGUACGGCCUGUACGGCGCCAUGGUGCGCCACUCCAUCCCGCUGCCGGAGUCCAUCCUCAACUCGGCCAAGAACGGCAUGAUGGGAUCCUGCGCCCCCUGGCUGCUCGGUGAGCCGCAUACACGAAUGCACAAGAAGUCUCUAGAAAUCUCCAAGAAGUGUUCGAGCCCCCGAGAAUCCGACUCCACGCGCCCCGACUCCUUCUGCGACGCCUCGGAGCGGCGUAGCGGCAGCGGUGAAGCCCGGGAGGUGCAGCGUGAGGCUCGAGAGGAAGAGGAGGAGGAGCUGGAGAUGGAGGAGGAGGAGCAGGAGGAGGAGGUGGCCAUCGACCUGUCCAGCUCCUCCAAACAGCAGCAGCAGGAGGACGCUGCGGCCCGGCCCGCCCCCUCGCCACGCCGACACAGCGCCGCCGAGUCGGACGAACGCAGCUGAAGGUCGGGCCAAUCAGAUAUGUCGGUGACGACGCUCAGAGAUCUGAUUGGCUCUUCUCUCAGGGAUCACAGCAACAGCCAAUGAGAGAGCAGCUGCUUGUUACUAUGCAACUUCAGUGCUAAUGUGUGUUAGCAUGCUGAAGGCUAAAAGUUUACUGGUUCCAUUAAAUAUCACAUGCUAAUUUUAUUAUGCUAACAGAGUACGGUCAUGCUAAUUAAUGUUAGCAUGCUAAAACAUUAGCAUUAAGGUAAUAUUUAUUAUGCUAGCAAACGUUACUGGUUCAAUUAAAAUUACAUUAGAGUGCCACAAUUUUCACAGCUUGCUAAUAAACGUUAGCAUGCUAAUUAAUGAUAGCAUCAUGAAAUAUUAGUGAACGUUUGUUAUUCGUUACUAGCUAACAUGCUAAAAAUUGGUGCUUUCCAUGUGUUUUAUUGAGCUAGUGUUGUAGCGUGCUAAUUAUCAGUGCUAUGCUAAAGAACUAGCAUCAUGAUUAUAAAAAUGAUUAGCAUGACGCUAAUAAACGCCAGGAUGCUUACUGUUAGCCUUUGGCUACAUUUGAUUUUGCUAACAGAUUGUUUACGGGUGAAACGAAAUGUUUCAACAUUAAUUAAUAUUAUUAUUAUUAUUAAUCUCUGAAGCGACGCCAGAUCCUCUGAACUCUGUGAUCAUUUCUGUCUGUGUUUAUUAUUUAUUAUUGUUUGUUUUAUAUUUAUGUGUCUUUGGAAAAUAAGAGAAAAUAUUUAAUGUUUUAUUAUUUAUGUUGUGUGAAUGUAAUUUAACUGUAAUAUUUAAAAGGUUAUUAUUGUUGUUAUUAUCAUUAAUAUUAUUAUGAUGUACAGCAGAAGGUUGGUGAAUAAAAACAAAGUAUUUUUUGAAAAACUGGAAUUUUUUUUUGAUUUUUCAACACAAACGCUGCAGAACAUUUAGAUUUAUUUCAAAGAUG